CGCGGGGCGCGCGCGUGGCUCGGCUCGGCUCGGAGCGGCGCGGGAGCGAAGCGGAGCGGGCGGCGGAGGAAGAUGGAAGGAGCGUCCUUCGGUGCGGGCCGGGCCGGCGGCGCCGUCGACCCCCUGGAUUUCCUCAAGCAGCCGCAAACCAUCCUCCGGGCGACGGCCUGGAUCUUUUCCAUUGUGGUGUUUGGCUCCAUUGUGAACGAGUGCUAUGUGAACAAGGAUGGCACAGACCCUGAGCUGCACUGCAUCUUCAACGAGAAUGACAGUGCCUGCAGCUACGGCAUUGCCAUCGGCAUUAUUGCCUUCUUUGGAUGCAUGUUCUUCCUUGUUGUGGACCUCCAGUUCCAGCAGAUCAGUAGCGUGAAGGACCGCAAACGAGCUGUCCUGCUGGACCUGGGCUUUUCAGGUUUCUUGUCCUUCCUGUGGUUUGUAGCCUUCUGCUUCCUAGCAAACCAGUGGCAGCGGACAACGAUGAGCAAAGGGGCUUCGCAAGGAGCAGAUGCUGCCCGAGCAGCAAUUGCCUUCUCUUUCUUCUCCAUCAUCGUCUGGGUCGCGCUGGCGCUGAAGGCGCUGCAGCGGUACCGCCUGGGCACCGACAUGUCGCUCUUCGCCACCGACCAGUUCGCCACCGACCCCAACGCCGCGUACCCCGGCUACCCCACCGGCAGUGGCAUCGAGAGCACAGAGACCUACCAGAGUCCCCCGUUCACCGAGACCUCGGAUGCCAACCCGAAAGGUUACCAAGUGCCAGCAUACUGAGGGAGGAGGGCGCGCGGCCGUGUACAAAUAGACCGAGUCCUAUGGUGCAGUACAGUUAACCGGUUGAUUGCAAAUGUAUUCAGUACCAUUUCCUUAAUGUGGCAAGUCAGUGCUGGGUUCCUUACUAUUAGCUAGUUGUGCAGUGAAUUCUGUACAGUGGUAUUGGUUCUUGUCUUACCUGUCCAAGGGUUUUAUAAAAGCAGUGUUCCCUCUAAGUCGGAAGAAAGAAGGUCGCUACUCCACGUGGCAGAAGAUAACUCAGUACCUUCUCCGAGGCUUGUUUUAACACCGCUGGGCACUAGGUGCCACAGAGUGCCCGGGAAAGCCAAAAAUACCUUUUCCUGCUAGAAAACACAGUAGCUGAUGAGUUGUUUAUCUCGUUCUUCCAGAGCUAACACAGAUGUGGUCUCGUUGCAGCAAGGAGGGCUGAAGCUGGGGCGGUCAGCCCUGGGCUGGUCCUGCUGCUGGCAGAGCUUUCAUGUACAGCACAGAGAGCAGAGGCCAUGGAAAGUGCCAAAUUUACAAAGAAAUAAGUGGUGUCUGUGUUACUUUUAUUUGUAUAUAUUUAUUGUACAAAAAACCACGACCAAACAGGUGUUUCAAACAUAGUUCAGGGUGCAGGGGGCAUGGGGGCACAGAAGUUUGGGUUUUUUGUUGAAUAUCCAAACUGCUUCUAUGCUUCCACGCGGUUCUGGUUGAGAAUACAGAAAGUUGUGUUUGAAACUUGCUUUGGAAAAGAAUUCAGCAAUAGUUGUCUGCUAAUUAGAAAUAGGCUUUUAUCAGUGGAAAAUAGGGCGUGUUACAGUUCCACUUCGUUGUGGAGUUGUUGAAGUUUGCAAAUUUACAGAUAGUUCUGAUUGGCAACACUGAACUCUUGCUCACUCUCAGACCCAGAGCUGCCAACACAAAAGGUGUGGGUGCCUCAGUGACUCAAAUUCUAAGUCAAUUAGGAAGCAGAUUGUAACUUGUGGUUUUUCUGCUGGGAGCAGCCACCAUCUGCCGUAAUUGCAGCAAAAUCCUCAGGUGUAAACGUUUGUGUUGCACUGCAGUCCCUGGCGGUGUGGAAUUCAAAGGGAGCACCGAAGGGACUCGAUGGGCUUUGAAAUCUGUUGUGGGGGUGCACGUGGCACACGUUUGCCAAUAGUGGGAGAACAGAGCGAAUGAUAAAUGACUGAGGAGGAGACUGAGUUCGGUUUCCAACAGAAUUACAGCCUUGUUAAUACCAGAUUGAUCUGAAAAAUGCAGCAGAUGCUCAUCAGCAGCUGACCUGCUGGGUGUGCGGUGGCUGUGAGCAGAGCUGGGUGCUGCUGAGGGCAGAGCACGGUGGCUGAGCUGUGGGCCUGUCUGGGGUAGAGUCCCCCCCAGCUCACCCGGCUGCAGGGAUCCUUCACUGCGCUGUUGUCGCUGGCAGAGCUGUGUGUUGCCUUCUGACCUCACAAGCAAUAGAUAAAGGACUGCCCCAGCUGUUCUUGUAGCAAAAAAUCCAGCGGUUUUUUGUCAUCAUCGUUAGCACAGCUCAUUUCUGCUGCUAAAUUGCAAAUAAAUGCGUUAAUUAAUAAGCAGCAAAACUCAUCACAGGCAGUCAUUAUCAGUGACAAAAUGCAUAACUUGAAUACCCCACUAUUUAGGUCAGAUUAAAACUUGCAUUCACAGUGAGCGCUGGCUUUCCUGGAUCCGGAUCUGCCAGCGCUGCCAGAGCUGUGCAUUUCCCAACUCUGAUGCUUCUCCUGCAGAGCUGCAGAGCCCUGCCCUCUGUGUGUAGUGACACAGGGACCUGACAUCCCUUACAGCUUUUCCUUGCAGUGACAGCACUGGGUGCUCCACAACUUCCCCCCAGUACCUUUGCGUCCACUCUGAGGUCUGAACUCAGUGUUAG